GCCCACCUGGCUCCUUUCACCUUUCUUACACAGGUGACAUUCCCAGAACCUGGAGGCCAGGCUACAACACAGAGUCAAUCAAUAACCAGGGAGAUCUAUGAUAUAGCCCAGUAGGUGGGGCCUUGCUGUCACCUGCCAUAUGACCCUUCCAGUCCCAGGCUUCUGAAGAGACGUGGUAAGUGCAGUGCAGUUUUCAACUGACCUCUGGACGCAGAACUUCAGCCAUGAAGGUAACAGGCAUCUUUCUUCUCAGUGCCUUGGCCCUGUUGAGUCUAUCUGGUAACACUAGAGCUGACUCCCUGGGAAGAGAGGCCAAAUGUUACAAUGAACUUACUGGAUGCACCAAGAUAUACGACCCUGUCUGUGGGACUGAUGGAAAAACUUAUCCCAAUGAAUGUGUGCUAUGUUUUGAAAAUCAGAAGCGCCAGACUUCUAUCCUCAUUCGAAAAUCUGGGCCUUGCUGAGAACCAAGGUUUUGAAAUCCCAUCAGGUCACUGUGAGGCCUGGCUGGCCUGAUUGUUGAAUAAAUGCAUCUGAAUACUC